AUGUCUCGAAGAGACGACGAUCUGGCAUAUGGGGACUAUAAUGAGCAGGAAGGCCGACAGGGCGAUCGCGGGCUGAUAGGUGACAUGGGCCGGCGCUUCUUUGGCGGCGGCAGAAAAGAGGAUAGCCAGCAACAACAGUCCUCCUCAAGCGGUGGCGGUAUGUCUUUCUUCAAAAAGGUCCACGAUCCUCUGCACGACUUCGUCUCCGAUCUCAAAGACGCAAUCUCGGGCAAAGACGACGACAAGCCCGCUCAGGGCAGCAACUUGCAGCAGGCACAAUCGCAACAAGACGGGCAAGCUGCGGCACAGCCCGGACCAGACUACCAUCAGCAGCACCGCUAUCUGAGCUUCGCGCCGGAACGACAUGGCAACGAGACCAAGUGGUACGUGGACGGCUGUAGUUACAUGUUCGCCGUAUCCGUUGCGUUGGAGCGAGCACGAGAGUCCAUCUGGAUUUUGGACUGGUGGCUGUCCCCUGAACUGUACCUUCGACGCCCUCCGGCCAAGAACCAACAGUACCGUGUUGACCGAAUGCUGCUUGCUGCGGCUGAGCGUGGCGUCAAGGUCAACAUCAUUGUAUACAAGGAGGUCACCCAAGCUUUGACUCGUAAGUUGUUGAAUCCAGUAUUACCCGAUUAUCUACACUCUCUUUUGCCUCGUUCGACGGACAAGUUCACGAGAUGUCUUACUCGAAUCGGGCUGGAUGUCAUAUUCAGGUCUCUGGAAGAGUGGGAGAAAACAGAUCCGCUGAUAGCACCACCCAUUACAGUCUCAUCCGCCCAUACCAAGCAUCAUCUGGAAGAGCUCCAUCCGAACAUUGGUGUAUUCCGACAUCCCGAUCACUUGCCAGAUGCCGCAGUACUACAGUCCUCGUUCAUCUCGUCACUACAAAAUAUGUCGCUUUCUCCAGCAAAGCUAGCUCAAAUGCCUGGAGACGGUCUCAAGGCGAUCUACGGGGCUCAUAACGGAACAGUCAUGUACUGGGCGCAUCACGAGAAGCUAUGUCUAAUCGAUGGCCAAAUAGCCUUCAUGGGUGGCCUCGAUCUAUGUUAUGGCCGAUGGGACACCAAUCAACAUGCCAUUGCCGAUGCCCACCCUGGGAACAUGGAUCGCAUAGUAUUUCCAGGCCAAGACUUCAACAAUGCCCGUAUGCUGGACUUUGUUGAUGUAACCAACUGGGAGAACAACAAGCUUGACAGGUCCGAAAGCUCUCGCAUGGGAUGGUCUGAUGUCGCGCUGUGCCUGGCGGGACCAGUCGUUCAAGAUCUCCGAACACAUUUCACGCAACGCUGGAAUUUCAUCUACGAUGAGAAGUACAGCAAGAAGGCUACCCGGUACUCUCGACUACCCGAUACAAGCAGCGGUGCUCAGCAAGUAGGUGGCUAUCCUCCGCCUCCAGGUCAGCAGCGCGAGUUCGAGGAUGAACAAGACGGUCAGCGGGGUUUCGGUGGUGAAGGCGGUGAAAGGGGACUCUUUGGCCGUCAAGGUGGUGAUCAUCAUUUUCGCCAGAAGAUUUAUAGCAAAUUUGAUGAGUUUCAGCAUCAGGGAGAAUCUUCUGAGGGUGGCAACCAGCCUCAUGUUGAGCAUAGCUCUCAGAGGGGCGGAACCGAUUGUCAAAUCACCCGCAGCUCUACCAAGUGGAGUCACAACAUUUCCACAGAGCAUUCGAUUCAGAACGCUUACUGUGAAAUCAUCCGGAACAGCAAGCACUUUAUUUACAUCGAGAAUCAAUUCUUCAUUACGGCGACAGGAGAUCAACAGAAGCCUAUCAGGAACAAGAUUGGUGAGGCAAUCGUCGAGCGUAUAGUUCGUGCUGCCCGCAACGGCGAAAAGUACAAGAUGAUUGUAAUGAUUCCAGCUGUCCCGGCUUUCGCUGGCGACCUUAAACUCGACGAAGCUCUGGGAACUCGUGCUAUCAUGGAGUUUCAGUACAAUUCGAUCAAUCGGGGUGGCCAUUCGAUUUACGAAGAGAUUGCCAGAGCCGGCUUCAAUCCCAUGGAUUAUAUUCGAUUCUACAACCUCCGCAGUUAUGAUCGUAUCAACUCCAGCGCAGUCAUGCGUGAAGCCGAGCAGCGCAGCGGUGUGUCGUAUUCACAAGCUCAAGAAGGCUACGAUGCAGCGCAUGAUAACGCUCGAGAAUACCAGGCUUACCGUCCACCACCCACCAGUGAGUAUGGUGUGUACGAGAUGGACGCCUCAUCCAAUCCUCCGCCUGCGCAGUACCAACAGCAGCAUGACGGAAGACCUCAGAGCGAAGGCGAUCCAAAUGAUUACAACCGUUACCAACAGGAGGCGACCAAGAUUGGUGGCCGACAGGGUCUCGGUGAUGGCCGCUGGGAUACAGUCAGCGAAUGCUACAUGCUCGGUGGUGAAGAUAUUCGAAACGUUCCGUGGGAAGGUGAAGCAGCACAAGAAAUGGAUGCUUUUGUCUCUGAAGAGCUCUACAUCCACAGCAAGCUCUUGAUUGCCGACGACCGGAUUGUCAUUUGCGGCUCUGCCAAUCUCAAUGAUCGUUCGCAGCUUGGAGAUCACGAUUCUGAGAUCGCCGUCAUCAUCGAGGAUCCGGAUACAAUCGAAUCCACGAUGGAUGGCCAACCAUGGCGUGCAUCUAAAUUCGCAGCUUCUCUACGUCGUGAGAUCUUCCGGAAGCAUCUUGGUCUGCUCAAGCCCCAAGAUAUGGAGCGACCUGAUCCGAACUAUGAGCCGGUCGGUACACCGAAUGUAUACGAUUGGGGCUCGAACGAGGACAGACAGGUGGCGGAUCCGCUUGCCGACGAGUUCCAAAACUUGUGGAAUUGGAGAGCACACACCAACACGCAAGCCUUUGGUAAGAUUUUCCACCCAGUGCCGACUGAUGAAGUCAGGAAUUGGAAGCAGUACGAUGAGUACUACUCUCGGUUCUUCGGGCAGGACCAGAAGAGCAAGGAGGAAAAGAAGCCUAGCUUGUACAAGUGGGGCCAUGUGGUAGCGGAGAACUUCAGCCAAGGCGAACAGGGUGUGCGUGAGGUCAAGGAAUUGCUGAGCACUAUAAAGGGCACGCUUGUGGAGAUGCCUCUUCUCUUCUUGAAGGAAGAGGAUAUCGCGCAGGAAGGCGUGGGCCUCAACGCGUUGACCGAGGAGCUAUAUACAUAG